AUGGUACGGAGUUCUGAUGUUAGUCAAGCCGGUAGGUCGAUUUGAUGGCUUUUUGAUGUUUAGACUGAGCGAAGAUUAUGAAAACGAUGUUUUAGUCGAUGUUUAGAGUCUCUGAAACAGUCCACGCGGCACGAAACCGUAAAUUCGACGAGCCGGAACGACGAGAAAUCACGUCCACCAGGAGAACAGCAUUCAGAACACAGCAAGAGGUCUUUCAACAAGAUUCUGACAAGAAAAACGAGGACAGGUACCAAGAACAACAUCAAUAACGUCACUCCACGGACGAGACGAGCUCCCCACCCCUGGGAAAUAGUCUAGUACGACCCUAAUCCUAUCCUAAAUAAUGAUCAUGGUCCAGUUGAUGUUCAUCUUCAGCAAUCAACCCAGUGAUUGAAUUGGUCCAAAUGAGGAGAUCCAGGAAGUUCAUCAUGUCAUCGGGUGGUGUCUAACAGUGAAACCCCCGUGAUAAGUAACAAAAUGAUCAAUUUACGUGGAUGGUAUAAGAUAGUGUAAGUAUUUAUGAUUACAUUUAAGGCAAUUAAAAAUUAUGUAAGAAUAAGGAUAUCCAAUUGUAAUGGUUGAUGUUUCAGGACGCCAACGGAAUUGGAAAUGGACCUUUGGUAAGGAGGAAGUCAUCGAGUUUUGAAUCAUCUUGGAAUGGCUGCCUGGACGAACUGAAAAGGGCGAAAGGAAGAAAAAUAAAAUCGUUACCUGGUCCACGAAGGAGAUUGGAGAUGAAGUUGGAUGACAACUGUAGUAGAACACAAACAGUAGGACCAUUUUUGGCCAUGAAAAUUAAUAGUUUAGUCUUUCUUUUUGGGUUUUUGGGAACUGAUCAGUGGAUGCAUUGAAGACCACCAAUCAACUUCAUCAAUUUUGGAGAGACGUCGGCCCAAAGCGUAA